GCAAGAGACAGUUUCUUAUAUCUGUAAUUACCCCUCUGCGUAUGAGCAGCCAGUGUCAGUGUGUGAAUCCUGGCCUGACUGAACAUAGUCAUUCUGUAUCUGAAAAAAUGUAGCUUGUUUUUUAAUGUAUUUUACAUGACCAGUUAUUUGAUCCGCUGGAGGCAAAUGACAGGAACUGUACAGGAACGUCUUCACAUGUCCAAGGAAGAUAAAGACCACUGAUGAGGAGUAUCAGUCAACAGAAAUCAUGUAGGUCGUGGCUACAAGGGUGCUGGUGAGAAAAACAUGGAGCGAAAGAGUGUUGCUGAUAAAACAGAUGAAGUCUCUCAAGUUCCCUCUAUUCAGGCUGUGGUUCAUCAUUUCCAUCCCAGCUACACCGCUCAGAGUGGAGGCAAUGUGGUCGCUCCCUCCAUUAUUGGUUCUAACAUUGGCAACAUAAACAUCAAUAUCAUCUCAACUGGCCAAGUUUCUUCAAAAGAAGCAUUGAACCAUGACACUGCAGACAGCUGUGAUGCUCUGCAGCCCCAAAAUGAUAAGAUCGCAGAAUGUCAACAGAAACUGAAAGUUACUCUGAGGAGGAAGUUCAGUCACUUGCUUGAGGGGAUGACGACAGAAGCAAACAAGACACCUCUCAAUAAGAUCUACACAGAGCUCUACAUCACUGAGGGAAGAAGUGGUGAAGUCAAUAUGGAGCAUGAGGUGAGACAGAUUGAGACGGCAUCCAGGAUACAUAUGGCCCAGGAGAAAUCAAUCCACUGCAAUCACCUCUUUGUUCCUCUACGGGGACGAGAAAUAAGAACUGUGAUCACAAGAGGAGUUGCUGGCAUUGGAAAAACCGUGUCCGCUAAUAAAUUCACUCUAGACUGGGCUGAGGAGAGAGAAAACACCAACCUGGAAUUUGUAUUUCCUCUCUCUUUCCGAGAGCUGAAUCUGAUGAGAAAGAAAACCUUCAGUCUAGUGGAGCUUCUUGGUGUCUUUUUCCCUGAAACAAAAGAUACAGGACUCUUUACUAAUGGUAAAAACAAAAUGGUCUUCAUCCUGGAUGGUCUGGACGAGAGCCGCCUGUCUUUGGACUUCAACAAAAGUGAAAUAAUAUCUGAUGUGACACAGCCAACCUCGAUUGCUUUGCUUCUGACCAACCUCAUCAGGGGAAGACUGCUUCCUUUGGCUCUUAUUUGGAUAACAUCUCGCCCCGUAGCUUCGAGUCAGAUCCCUCUGGAGUACAUUGAUCUAGUGACAGAGGUACGAGGGUUCAACAACCCCCAGAAAGAUGAGUACUUCAGGAGGAAAAUUAGUGACGAGAGCAUAGCAAACAGGGUAAUCACACAUGUAAAAUCCUGCAGGAGUCUUCACAUCAUGUGCCACAUACCAGUCUUCUGCUGGAUGGCGGCAAGUGUUCUUGAGAAAAAGUUGGUGACGACAGACAGUAAGGACAUGCCAAAGACUCUCACUCAAAUGUACAUACACUUCUUGUCUUUGUAUGUGGAGGACACGAAGAAGAGGCUGCCUGGAAGAAGAGAGUCAAACGCUGAGAGCAUGAGAGAUAACCUCAGCUCGUUGGGUAAACUGGCCUUCAAAGAGCUCGAGAAGGGCCACUUGAUCUUCUAUGAGAGCGACCUCAUCCUGAAUGGUAUAAAAGUCAAGCAGGCGUCCAUGUUCUCAGGAGUCUACACACAGAUCUUCAAUGAGGAGCUGACACUUUGUGAGGAGAAGAUGUUCUGCUUUGUGCAUCUGAGUAUCCAGGAAUUCUUUGCUGCGUUGUAUGUCUAUCUCACAUUCAACAAUGACAACUACAACGUCUUGAUCAAGAAGUCGUCUGCUUCGAGACGUUUCCCAUUCCGAGAUUCAUCGGAGCUCAUUCUCUACAAAGAAGCAGUAGAAAAGGCUUUGCGGUGUGAAAAUGGACAUUUUGACAUCUUUCUGCGCUUCCUUUUGGGCCUGUCUCUGGAAUCCAAUCAGAACCUGUUGAAACAUCUAAUGACCAGCAACAGAACAAACCAAAGAACAAGAACAGAGAUCAUUAAACACAUAAAGGAGAGAAUCAGGGCAAGUCCAUCCCCAGAGAGAUGCCUCAAUCUCUUUCACUGUCUGAAUGAGCUGAAUGACCAUUCUCUUGUGGAGGAAAUUCAGAGCUACCUCAACUCAGGCAGCCUUAACAAAACCAAACUUUCACCUUCUCAGUGGGCCACUCUGGUCUUUGUAUUACUGACAUCAGAAGAAGAGCUGAGUGUGUUUAAACUGAGCAACUACACCAGGUCAGAGGAAGGUCUUCUGAUGCUGCUGCCUGUCGUGAAAACCGCUCGAGAGGCAAAUCUAAAUGGAUGUAAUCUCACUGUGACCUGCUGUGAAAGAUUGGCGAAUGGCAUCAGCUCAUCCCAACUUAGAAAGCUGAACCUGGGUAACAACAACUUGACAGAUGCAGGAAUAAUACUGCUCUCUGAUGGACUGAAGAACAGCAAACUGGAGACACUCAGACUGAGGAGCUGCAACCUGACAGAGCACAGCUCUGAUGCCCUAGCCUCAGUUAUCAGCUCAACCUCCUGCCAGCUGAAAGUAUUGGACCUCUCUGACAAUGACUUUCAGGACGUGGGAGUCAAAAAGCUCUCUGGUGGUCUGGGGAGUCCUCACUGUAAACUGGAAAUACUAUUUUUGUCCCUGUGCCGAGUGACAGAAGAAGGCUGCACUUUUCUGGCAUCUGCUUUAAACUCAUCCGGUCUGAGAGAGCUCGACCUGAGCUACAACCACCCAGGAAACUCAGGCCUGGAGCUGCUGUCUGCUCUGCUAGAAGACCCACAAUGCAGCCUGCAGAAACUCAGUGUGGAACAGUGUGGUGAAUCCAGGAUUCAGCCAGGUCCAAAGAAAUAUACCAACAAACUCACCCUGGACCCAAACACAGCACACAGAGACCUUUCUCUGUCUGAGGGAAACAGGAAAGCGACGCGUUGGACCAGCCAGCCAUAUCCUAAUCACCCAGAAAGGUUUGAUUUCUGGACACAGGUGUUGUGCAAGGAGGGACUGACUGGGCGCUUCUACUGGGAGACAGAAUGGAGUGGGAGAGCUUUCAUAGGAGUAGCCUACAAAGGGAUGUGCAGGAAGGGAGAGGGCUACGACAGCUGGUUAGGCAAAAAUGACUCUUCCUGGGGACUAAACUGCACCAAAGAUGGCUACAAAACCUGGCACAAAGGCAUGUACACUGCUGUAACCAUCCCACCCAGCUCCAAUAAAGUAGGAGCCUAUCUAGACUGGGCAGCGGGGACGCUGUCUUUCUUCAGGGUCUCCUGUGGUGCACUGACCCUCCUCCACACCUUCCACAACACCUUCACUGAGGCGGUCUACCCAGGGUUUUGGCUUGGCUGGGCAGACUCCACAGUGUACUUGUGCUAAAUAUGACCUGUACAUAGUGAACAGCUUCAUAUCCCCCUGUCCAACAUAACACUGAGGACACAUAACGUAGCAGAAUGUAGUACUUUUUUCCCUCCUGCUCUUGAGCCUUAAACUUCUGUGGACAUUUGUGGUUUUGAGUGAAAUGUCUCAGCAACUGGAUGGAUUGCCAUGAAAUUUAGUACAAACAUUUAUGUUCCCCCUCCGGUCAAAACUUUAAUUUGUCUAUUACUUUGAGGUGGUUUAUGAUCACAUAACUGCAAAUGACUAGAUACUAAGAGGAAGUAAAAAAAAUGUUGUGCAAUGUGGAAAAAACUGAGGAAAAACUGCCUAUACGGUGAUCUAGACAUCAUAUACUGCGAGAUGAAUAGAAUGUAUUUUGAUGAAAUUGAAGAAAUGCAUACAUAUAAUUUGUAAUAAAGACACAAAAACCACCAGA